UAAGGACUUUUAAUUUGAAAUCGUUCACUAAGACACGGAAGUAUAUACUAUUUGACAACUUGUACAGUUGUUAAAUACCAAAUGGCAAGCCCAAUAGGAGAGUACAGUAGUACAGACGCAUAGUACUAUAUCUGUAUAAUGAAACGAAGGUAGCGUUUAUUUUCCACCGGCGAAUUUCGGUGUUAGUGAGUUUAAAUAAUCAGCUUAUUUAAAAAAAUAAAGUUCACAAUGGGCUCUGAAGAUGUGCUCAAGAGUGCUUCAACACUGGCUUCUUAUAAUGUUCUGCUUCAGGUGAUGUUUCGAGUGUUGACUUUUCUCCUGAAUGCAUUUACUUUGCGGUUUGUGUCCAAGGAGUUAAUAGGUGUCGUAAAUGUCAGGUUGAUGCUGCUAUAUUCUACAUUGGUGUUUCUGUCUAGGGAGGCGUUCCGGAGGGCGUGUCUAAGCGGUGAAGGGGCGGGGCGUAACUGGAGACAGGUGAUCAACCUGUUAUGGCUCACAUUUCCUGUGGGUUGUGUGUGGGGUGUGCUGUUAGUGUGUGUGUGGUGGUGGCUACUCCAGGCACCUGAUCCAGAGUCCAUCCCGCAUUAUGUUCCCGCUGUUGGAUUGUUCUGCCUGUCUGCGCUUACAGAGCUCCUGGCUGAACCUUUGUGGGUUCUUGCACAUGCGCACAUGUUUGUUCGUUUGAAGGUGAUUGCCGAAAGCUUAGCCAUGAUUGCUAAAUGUCUUGUUACUGUAGUGAUGGUGGUCUCAGCGCCUCAGUGGGGACUCUAUAUCUUCUCUGCAGCCCAGUGUGUCUAUGCAGGGUUUUUGCUGCUUUGUUAUGUGUUGUACUUCGUCCGUUUCCUUGGCUCAGAGGAAGCAGAGAAGAAAUUGUUCCCCGUUAGUCGCAUAACAGAACUUCUGCCAUCUAGAGUGGAUCAUGAGCCACUACUAAACUGGAAGUUGACCACACUAACCUGGAGCUUUUUCAAACAGUCGUUUCUCAAACAGAUACUUACAGAAGGCGAGCGUUAUGUGAUGACGUUUUUGAAUGUGCUUAACUUUGGAGACCAAGGGGUUUAUGAUAUAAUAAACAAUCUUGGCUCAAUGGUGGCUAGAUUUCUUUUUUUACCCAUUGAGGAAAGUUUCUAUGUGUUCUUUGCUAAAGUCCUGGAGCGUGGACGAGAUGUACGACACCAAAAGCAAGAGGAAGUUUCCAUGGCAGCUGAGGUGCUGGAAUGUCUUUUGAAGUUGGUGCUUUUGAUUGGUCUGAUCAUCACAGUUUUUGGUUAUGCAUAUUCUCAUCUGGCACUUGACAUCUACGGUGGGGAGCUUCUGAGCAGCGGAGCUGGGCCGGCUCUCCUACGGUGUUAUAGUUGUUAUGUUCUGCUGUUAGCCAUUAAUGGAGUAACAGAGUGUUUUGUUUUUGCUGCUAUGAGCAAAGAGGAGGUUGACAGAUAUAAUCUGGUGAUGCUGGGCCUGUCAGCCUCAUUUCUUCUCCUUUCUUAUUGGCUGACCUGGAUGUUAGGGGGUGUUGGCUUUAUUUUGGCUAACUGCUGUAACAUGGCUUUACGAAUCGCUCACAGUAUUGUUUACAUACAUCGCUAUUUCCUGCAAAGUGAAUACACACCCCUGUGGGGGCUCCGGCCACAUUUUGCUGUCAUUAUUGCACUUGGCGUGAGCUCUGUCCUCACAGCCUGCUCAGAGAGCAUUUUCUGCUGUGAUGGUGGCUGGUUGCUAAGGCUGGUUCACAUUGCAGUGGGGGCAGUUUGUCUCCUGGGUGUGGUCGUCACAGUUUUUCUGACAGAAACGAGACUUGUGCAGUUCGUCAGGACUCAGUUGUUACCCAAAUACAGCAAGAAACGCACAUGAGCUUUUACUCUGGGCAAUUCCUAAACAUCCCUGAGGUGCAGUUGACACUAUACCAUUAUGGAAGUCCAUUUCCACUGCUGAAUUAAAAAAAAUGUAAAAAACACCAUAUUGCACAAUUCUGACUUUUUUUCUUGCAAUUGGGUGUUUAUAUCUUGCAAUUUUUGCAUAAAUGUUAAGUUUGUAUCACACAAUUCUGAGGGGAAAAAAAACAGAAUUUCAAGAUGUAAACUCAUGAAGUUUUAAGGUCAGAAUAUUGAGAUAUUUAUAAAGUUAGAAUAUCGGAAUUAAUGCAAUUGUGAGAAAUAAAGUCAGAAUUGUAAAUGUGAGUUUGUAUCCCAUAAUUGUUUUUCUCGCAAAUGCAAUUUGACUCUGAAUUCUGCCUUUUUUCUUGCAAAUGCGAGGUUGUAAAAUGCAAUGUGGAGGGGAAAACAACAGAAUUGUAAGAUGUAAACUCAAAAUUUUGGAUUUAUAAAGUCAGAAUAUCCAGAUAAACUCACAAUUGUAAGAAAAAAGUCAGAAUUGCGAGUUUGUAUUUCACAAUUUCUACUUUUUUUUUCUCAGUGUUGUGAGAUAUAAACUCGCAAUUUGGGUUAUAAAGUUCAGUUCUGAGUGGGAAAAAAAUAGUGUUCUCAGAAUUGCAAGUUUGUAUCUCACAAUUCUGACAGAAUUUCUCAGAAUUGUGACUUUAUUCUUGCAAUUCCGAGUUUAUAUCACACACUUCUGACUUUAUAACUUGCAACUGCAAGUUUGUAUCAUGCAAUUCUGUGAAAAAAAAAAAAAAAAAGUCAGAAAUCCAAAAUGUUAACUCUCAGUUAUGAGAAGAAAAAAAAUCUGAACUGUGAGAUAAAAGGUUGCAAUUACCUUUUUUAAUUUUUUUAUUCAGUGGUGAAAACAGGCUACCAUUGUCAUGGUCCAGAUUUGAAUACUGUGUGUAAUUUUUCACAAACAUAUUUUCUUUUCUUAAAAAUUGCUCCACUUUUACUCCAGAAGAUGUUGUACCUCUGUGUUCAGUUUUUGCUUAUGACAUCAAAAGUAGCUCACCAAGAUGCUGAUGGUUUGAAGGACAUACCGUAUAGAAUAUUUUGUUGACUGAUUACAAAACAAACAGAGAAUAACACAAUGUAAUGCAAAGAUAUUGAAAACUGCUUCUGUGUGCCUGUCAUUCUUUCAUUACUAUGAAAUGUUAUAAGUGUAUUAAGAUGUUCAUCUAAUGCUUGUUUUUAAUUAGACAUAUCAAAGCUGCACAUUGACCAAAUGUUUUGUAACAUUGUGCAUAAUGUUACUACUAAAUAUACUGUAGCUGUAUAAAUCAGUGGUGAACUUUGUAUGAAUGAAUGUUUACAUGAAUUAUGUACAAAAUGGUUAUGUAUAAUAAAUUUAAAUGGUACUGAGUACCAUUGACCAUUGUCUUACACUGAAAACAUGUAAGAUGAGACUGGAAAAUAUUAUCUUCUAUUAUAAUAUCUGGGAACAAAUAAAACAGUUUUUUUCCCCU